AAUGAGCGGCGACGGGGACUCAUCAACGACAAGCUCCGCCGGCGACGGCAGCACUUCAAAGGACAAAAUUCCGGCGUUCUCAGAAAUUCGAGUUAUCGAAGUAAACCGCGACAAUUUCGCGAAAAUCUGGCCAUAUUUGCUUGUUUGCAUCAAAUCCGCAGAUUUUACAGCGAUAGAUUUGGAGUUGAGCGGUCUCGGCGGGAAAGGACUACGUUCACGUGAUAUCGCUGAGAGAUAUCAGGCGAUUCGUGAUGCCGCGCAUACUAGAAGCAUUCUAUCCGUUGGAAUCGCCACAAUGAAGCUGACGCAUAAAAGUGAAAAACGUCGAGCUCUUCGCUACGAGACCCAAGUUUUCAAUAUUCUCACAUUCUCAGAAAAACCAUUCACAAUUGAACCAUCGGCUCUUCAAUUUCUCGCCAAACAUUCUUUCGAUUUCAACAGACUUAUUCAAUCAGGAGUACGAUUCCAGGGAGCCAACUGUCCAUUGAAAACUCUUUUCCGUGAGCUUCUAGGCUCAUCGGCCACCUUCUGCCUUCACAAUGGAUUUAUUGAUUUGGCAUUUAUCUAUAAGCAGUUAUAUGAUAUCGAUUUACCUGACACUCUUGAUGGAUUCGUUAAUAAUUUGAGUGAUAUGUUUCCGGAUAACUAUCUGCCGGUGGCGGAUUCCAAGUAUUUGGCAGAGUAUCAGACGAGAAUGACUGCCUCUUUUUUGGAAUAUGUGUUCCGGAGAACGCAAGGAGACAACGAGAUCGAGCGUCAAAAUAAUCGAUAUCACAUCGAAAUUUGCUUCCCAAGCUCUGAAAAGUCGAUAAAAGCUCUAAAAAACGCUACGGAAAGUGUAGAUGUACGUCUUCCAGAAGGAUUCCCAGAUCACGCGAUUCCCAUCGAUCUUCACAUCCACGUGUGCAAAUAUUUCGCGUAUCACGGCUUCUGCCACGCUCGGAACACUGAAAAAGGAUGUAAACUGCUCCAUGACGUGGAUACUGCUAUCGAUUUACAGAGGAUUAAGGAGAAUAAGAAGGCGUUCAAACGAAAACGGAGAUAUAAUAAUGUGAUUGCUGAAUCGGUUGCCGAGAAGACGGGCACCGAUGAGGAGGCAUGGAAGAACGCGAAAUUUGAGCAGAAUUUGUUGACUCGAGACUUUCGGGAGCUCAAGAGAAAUGUGGUUACAGGGCUGCAUCGGGCUGGAGUUGAUGCUUUUAUGACGGCUUUUGCGGUGAUUUAUCAGCAGAGAAGAACCCUGAUGGCUGAUAAUUCAGUUGAUUUGAAGUUCCUAAACCGCGUUCCACUGUCCGCCAAAGAUAAGCCAUUGCAUCUUCGCCACCGACCGGUCCCAGUUCCACAAUCCGAGCAAAUUGAUGCUCAUUUGGAGGCAAUGGUGGAGAUCAACAAGCAACGGGACUAUAUUCGAAUGAAUGCAGCCGCUACAGUUAUCAAAAGUGUUCAGAAAGAGGAUACACCUUGUGAAGAUUGAAUAAUUUAUUUUUGAAUUUUGAUUUUUUUUGUUGUUGUUGUUGUUAUUUCUGGUACGUUAAAUCCCCAUCUAAAUACAAUUUUUUGGAAAUUUGAAAAUUUCCACUUUUUCUCGGUUAUUGAUGUUCCCCCACCUGAUCUUGAUUGUUAAAUUCACAUUGUUUCGAUUUCAAUCCAUUUUUUUAAAUUUUUGUUGUUGUUUCCAACCUAUUUUUUUCUGAAAAAUAGACUUAUUUUG